CAAUAUACAUAUUAUAUUAUUAUUAUGAGGUACCUACGUUAAAAUAUUAUAGUUUCGUGGGGGUUAUGUCGUGCAAAGUGUGCGUACACGGCGAUCAUUACACAAGAGAAUCGCAUCAUACACAGGUGUCCAUAUAUACUUAUAUUUUAUUUAUAUAGCUGAGGAGUUCACGAGAAGCAAAAAUCGUAUCAGAUCACUGCAGUCUAGUCCACCCGCCCGUCCGUCCGUCUGCAAGUACGAACUGCUGCUGCUGCUGCGAAAAAAAAAAGACAAAGGACGAUAAAAAAUAAUCAUGAAGAGUUUAAUAUUCGUGGUAGCUGUGGUAGCUUUCGUUACGGUUACAGCCGACAGGAUCAAACGGACUCCGCUUAAAGUUUCGGUUUACUAUGAAUCGCAUUGUCCAGACAGCAAAGAUUUCAUUAUUACACAACUCCAUCCACACUUCUGUAAAGUACAACAAUACUUGAAUUUGAACUUGGUGCCCUUCGGUAAAGCAUAUAGUUCGGAUCAAGGUUUUACUUGCCAACACGGACCUAAAGAAUGCCGUGGUAAUACAAUACAUAACUGUGUGUUGAAACGUAUACAAGAUUCUAAAGCUCAAGUAGACUAUGUGAAUUGUGCCAUGUACGAUCCAGACCAACCAGGACACAUUGAAAAAACGUGUGUCAAAGAAAGCGGUGUCAGCGUUGAGGAAGUGCAAACAUGUUUCACCUCAUCAGAGGGCUAUCAAAUGAUGCUAAAUGCUGAAAUAGAAACUAAAGCUAUGACACCUGGACCAAAGUUUGUGCCUACUAUUGUGUUUGACGAUGAAUACAAUGACGAUGAUCAAAAUAAUGCAUUUGAGAAAUUUGAAUCAACGCUUUGUGAAAAACUAGUAAGCCACGGAUAUACGGAAGUGUGCUCGAACGGUGUGAUCAUAAGCCCUCACACAUGUUAAGUGAUUCAUGUACCAUACCUGAUAACAUGGGUGCCCAUUGGGAGGGGCAAGAUAGAGCACUUGCCCCCCCUGGACAAAAAAUAUUAAAAACUUGUAACUCAAUAAAUAUCACCAUAAUAUAAUUAUUAUCUUUACA